AGAAUGGCAGAGACUCAGAAAGAAGAAUUAGAUUUAGAAGAGAUAAAAGAAGAGAUAGUUUCUAUCAAGGAAGAAAUACUUCUAUCCUCUACUGUAGAGGAAACAUGUUCUGUGGAUAAAGAUAUGAAAGAUAAUGAGCAUACAACACCCCGGCCACCUCCCCCACUACACAAUGAAGCGGGUGUACAAAAUGUUGAACACAGUAAACCUGUAUUUGAUCCUGAUUUUCACACUGAGCUAAUCAUUAAAGACGAAUAUGAGGAUUGUAAAUGUGAAAACAUAGAUGACAGAUUUGAGGAUUUUAAAUCAGAACCAAAGCGAAACAAGAAGCAUAAAGUGGAAUACACAUGUAAUAAGUGUAAGUAUGUUGCAACUCAAGCAGGCAGUCUAAAAACCCACAUUGAAAAUAAACACGAAGGAGUGCGAUAUCCUUGCUCUCAGUGUAAGUAUAUUGCAACUCA